UCCCCUACCAUUACACUCUCACUUCCAAGUUCCAAUUCUUCUCUUUUUUCUAAAACAUUCCAUUAAAUUCCCUUCUUUAAGAACCAAAACAACAUGGAACAACAAUUCAAACACCACAACCAUUUCACUACUUCCUACACCCACUCUUUUGUUGAUCAUCAUCAUCAUCACAACCCUAUUGAAAAACUAGCUGAACCCACCGCCACCACCACCGCCACCGCCACGGCCAAGACUACGAGGUACCGCGGCGUACGUCGUAGGCCAUGGGGCCGUUACGCAGCUGAAAUACGUGACCCGCAAUCCAAGGAACGCCGCUGGCUCGGCACCUACGACACCGCCGAGGAAGCGGCGUGUGCUUACGACUGUGCUGCACGUGCCAUGCGUGGGAGUAAGGCACGUACUAAUUUCACUUACGGUCCGUCACUUCUUUCUGAUCAUGACAUUAUGUACCCUCCUCCGUUACCUCCUUUUUUAAACUCCCCUGCUUCUAAGAAGAAAUCUCACCCGUCCAUUAAGUCCACAAAAGUUAAUCCUAGCCCUCCAAAUAAUCCUACUUUUGUGGAGUGGCUUAACUCAGCUCAAAUCACCCAAAAUCACCAUCAAAAUAAUCAUGUCAUGAUGAUGAUGAUAAACGGUUCUGAUGAUGGGAAUUGUGGGAUGAUGAUGGGGUUCAGUGAUGAAUCCCCUGCACCCGCGUUACAGAGGAACAACAACAAUAAUAUGAAUUGUAACAAGUUUAGUGAUUUGUUCCCCUCCUCUUCACCCCAUGGUAACAGCCUUAUGCUCCUCCCUCCUUCAUCUUCUUCAUCAUCAUCAGCCGUUAAUCAUGAAAACGACGAUGAUUAUCAUCAGAAAGAUGACAUGAUGGAUUUCUUUCCAUCUGAACCGUCAGAAACAUCGGGUCUUCUAGAAGAAAUCAUAGAGAAAUAUUUCCCAAAGCGCAACCCCACCAAGUCUUACACUGAGCACCCAUCAUGUAUUACUCCUGAUAACAAUACUCAAAAUGACAAUUUUGGGGUUUGCUUUGAUGCUAAUUACUACAACAUUGGCGGCGGUGGAGGUGGAGGUGGAGGUGGCGGCGUUAGUGGUGGAGGGUUUGAUACGGUGCCGUUUCAAGGAAGUAUGACGGCAGCUCUUGGCGGAGUAAUCGGCGGCGGCGGCGGCGGCGGAGGAGGAGGGAAUUAUGAAAUGAUUGGGCUCCCACAGUAUCAGUACAAUGAGGCAAUGAUGUUGGAUGAUCGUCAUAUUGGUGGUCUAUUCCAGUACAACGAGCUCUACAAUAUGCUUGCUGCACCUCGAGGUGCUAAAUGCCUUGGCCAUUGAUUAGUAAUUAAUUUGGACUCUUUAUUUUGUUACUUUAAAUUAAUUAAGCAUGUACCUAGGCCUUGGUAAACGUAUGUACCAAAAUAAUUAAUUUGGACCCUUUCCAAUUCUAAACUAUGGUUUACUGUAUGUAGUAAAAGUAGAACAACACGUACUAGUAGUUCUUGUUUAGCGUAGUAAUUAACUAAUUAUAGUAGUAUUACAUGGUUUCCGGGUUUUGGGAAACCCGUUUAUGAUCGAUAUUAGGGUUUCUAGGUCAAAUGUCCGUUUUUGGAAAUAUUUUCAUUAUAAUACGAAUCGGAGUAUUAUUGCAAACUUUUUUAUGCUUUGUUCUUCAAAUUAGGGUUUGUAGGUCAAAUUUCCUCUUCUGGAAAUAAUUCCGGCAUGUAUAGAAUGGAACUAUAGAUUCGAUUAUUACAAGAUAUAAUUGUAUUUUCUUGUUCUUUGAUGUAUAUAGUGUAGCUACAUUAUGUUAUAAAAUUCUCUUUGCGAAGGAAAA